AGGCUCCUCCAUCCAUGGGAUUUUCCAGGCAAGAGUACUGGAGUGGGGUGCCAUUGCCUAUUCACAAACUUCAAAUUGGCAUUUUUCUUCAGUUUUCAUCUCCACUAUUAGUACUUAUUAGUCUAAAACUCAAAACAGUUUGCUAAUGAACAACUGCAUACUUCAUACUGUGACCAUUUGAUAACUGGUCAUGUAAAACUAAUGCUCAAAUGUUGAUUUGUCUUCAAUUUAUAAAUAGUAAAAUCAAAAGAGGUCUUUCCUAAUUCCCUUAUCACAAUUUUAAUGAAAUAAAUGAUACUCUUAAUUAAGCCAGGCGUUAUACACUCAGAUGAUGUCAGCAAGUGUGGAUAUGAGGUGAUAGGAAGUGGUGGGGACAGUAGAACAUAGCCACCGGAGGGGCGGUUUCCUACCUGGCUCCAGCAGAGAGGGGCCCUGUGUUAUCAGAUCUUCCAUACUUUUCAAGGAAAUCAGAAAUCUGAUCUUUGUAAAUGGAGCUCCCCCACCCCCAUUUAAGUACCCGAGCCAAAGCAAGAGAUGCAGGAGACUUGGUUUGAUCCCUGGGUUGGGAAGAUCCCCUGGAGGAGGAAAUGGCAACCCACUGCAGUAAGAGCCUGGCAAGCUACAGUCCAUGGGGUCACAAAGAGUCAGACACGACUUAGCGACUGAAUACAAUAAUUUUUCAGAACAGUGUAGGCCACACAAAACACAGCAGGAGCUCCUAGUUUGCAGCCUCUGGUUUAAUAUCUUUCUUUCCCAUUCGGCUUUCUGCUCCACGGGGGCACAUGCCUUGAGUCUGCUCUGCUCACCACAGUGUCUGGAUUCAACAAAUGCAAAAAUAAAAAUAGGAGAUGGACCCGCCCUCCCAGUAGAGCACCAGGCUUAGAAAGCAUACACUGGCAAGGAGAUGGCAUUCUGUCACUCCCCACCACUUUUUUGACUGCUUGCUGGAAAUGAUGCCAUUUCCCUUUAAAUCCUACUCCCAGGCGACCCCCUCAAGCCUCUUUAUCCUCUGCCCUGAAGUCAUCACAAUGGCCAGAGCAGGUUCUGGCUGGGGGGGCCUCUGUGACAUCACCAGAGAUCAGCCCUGCCUGGUCCCCUGUCUCCAGGUGCAAGGGCACACCAGCCCACUGUCAGCCACGUCCCAUGCCAUCUCUGCUCACCAUGCAGUCUCUGAAAUGGUGCUUGUUCUUGCCUCUGUGUCUCUCCUGCGGCUAUGCCUUUAUGUUUUCUUCUCUGAGAGAGAAACCCAAAGAAACCCAGGGGAAGGUGCCUUGCGGAGGGCACUUUCGAAUUCGGCAGAAUCUACCAGAGCAUACCCAAAGCAGGCUUGGGAGCAAGUGGCUCUGGCUCACUUUUAUUGUUGUGCUGUACAUGAUACUGAAGUUUCGAGGAGAUGGUGAAAAGAAUAAGGUGCAGACUCCUCCCACCCUUCGGGGCUGUACAUUUUGCCCUCCAGGAAGGAAAAACGCUUCACCCAACAAAAACUUUGCAUUCAGUACCUUAACCCAGCUCGAGAUGGACCUUGUGGAAUUUGUGUCCAGGGUGCGGAAUCUGAAAGUCAACAUGGCAACCAGCAGUCACUUCAGGCUUCAGAACUUAGGGAAUGCAGAUCCACAGCAUAAAGUUACAAUAUAUGAGAUUUGGGGCGAAGAAGACUCUGUCGAUUGAGUGGGUUUGUGUGUCCAAGUAGCAGAGGAGAAGUUGGGUACUGACAAACUGUAUCCAAACUAUAAAACUGUUGUGAAGAAAAGCA